AUGUUCCGUCUCAGCGUUCUGCUUACCAUUGGACUGGCCGUUUCGGCCCUCGCUGGAACUCUGUCGCCAGAGUUUACCGAGUGGGCUGGACGUAUCGUGGGAGGCCAGAACGCUGGAACGAACCAGUUCCCCUUCCAGGUGUCGCUGCGAUCUGCUGGCAAUUCGCAUUUCUGCGGCGGAUCCAUCAUCAACAACCGCUACGUGUUGUCCGCGGCUCACUGCACCGUUGGCCGUACCACCGGUAACACUCUCUCCGUGGUUGGAACCAUCUUCCUGAACAGUGGAGGUGUUAGCCAUGCCACCGCCCGUAUCGUGAACCACCCGGGCUAUAACGCCAAUACGCUGGCCAACGAUGUUUCGCUGGUGCAGACCGCUUCCUUCAUCACCUACAAUGCCGCUGUACAGCCGAUCGCUCUUGGCGGAAACUUCGUCACCGGUGGAGGUGCAACCGCUUCCGGAUGGGGCCAGCUUGGAGCCAAUAUUGGUAUCCCGAACCAUCUGCAGUUCUUGAACACCCAGAUCAUCACCCUGGCUGAUUGCCGCAACCGUCACAGCGCAGCCAACGCCCAGCGCGUCCACGACCACACCGUCUGCACGCUGAGCCCAUCUGGACAGGGUCUGUGCAUGGGAGAUUCUGGCGGUCCGUUGACCCAGGGUGGUGCCGUUCACGGAAUAGUUUCGUGGGGAAUUCCAUGUGGCCUUGGGGCUCCUGAUGUGUUCGCUCGUGUGUCCUCGUUCACCGGCUGGAUCGUCGCCAACGCCGUCUAAGCGAUCGCCCGAUUGCGCAGUUCGGCGC